AUGGCACAGGCUUCUCAACACACGAAAUUUCGAUGGACCGAAAAUCUCACCUGCCGGUUCAUUCAGCUUCGUAAAGAAAAUGGAAAGCUCUUUACUGGCCGCAAAUAUUCUGCCCAAGCUGGAUGGGAGUACAUUUUACAACAGAUGCGCGAAGAAUUUCCCAGCAUAAUGACGAAUGUGCACUACAGGGUGUUGAAGAAGAAAUGGUCGAACCUGUUACAGCAGUACAAAGAACUGAGAAACCCGGUACACGGCGACAGAAACAAUGCGGACGACGUCUCUUGGCCGUUUUACAACGCGAUCGACGAAAUCCUCGGUUACGACAGAGACACCACGGUGUCCAAUGACGAAUACAUCGAUCCCCACGAAUUCCUCUGCGUCUCCGUGACACCGGAAGAGCCCACCUCAUCCGCGGACGCGCUUCCGGCCGUAUCCAACCCGGAAACCGAGCGUCGGACCAACGACUCAUUCUCUGAACCAAGGUUACGAGCUUUUGGCGUCGAUUGCUCCAUAGAAAUCGAGAAAUUACGAUCUUCUGGUAGUAUCAGACAGAAGAGCAAAAAUGGCGGGAAGAGGAAAAGGAUCGUCGCGAUACCGCGAUUACCGCGCACCACGGAGUUGACGAUCGAGAAAGUGACGUCACAGGUGGACUGCUCUAGGGACAAGUCCCAGGUCCAUGGAAACGACGUCGUGGCGAGCGUGGAAAAAGAGCGAACGUCGUGUAACGAGGAUGAAGAGGAUAGGCCGAGAAAGUCGCGAAGAGGACGACUUGCACCGUAUCGUGGGGAUCGCGAGUCACGGACCGAUCGUCGUAUCGAGCAGAUCUUCGAAUAUAUCAAGAGACGAGACGAGGAAAACAGAUCGAUCAUGGUGAGGCUGAUGCAAGCCGUGGAGAGCAUUGCUAAUAAGCUGUGA